CGGGCCGGGCCCCCUGCUAUUAUUAGUAGCGGGCCCCGCAGCGCAGCCCGCCUCAGAGCGCAGCCCGCCGGCCGGCAGCAUGCGGGGGCUGAGCGCCUUGCCGCCCGCCUUCCUGCUGCUGCGCCUCAGCGCCCUGCUGCUGCCGGCGGCCGCCGGGCGGGAGCCGAGCCCCGGGCGGGAGCCGAGCCCCGGGCGGGAGCUGAGCCCCGGGCGGGAGCUGAGCCCCGGCAGCCGGCUGGCGGCGGCGGCCGCGCGGGCCGCCCUGCACUACCGCAACUCCCGGGCGGCCUCCCCCGCGGCGCUGCAGGCGCUGGGGCAGGUCCGCAAGGCCACCCUGAAGAGCAUCCCAGGCUCAGGCCACAAGUACUACCUGCAGUUCACCACCGAAGACUACAAAACUGGGGAAAAUGCUGGGAGCUGCCUUGCUACGGUGUUGUAUCCAAAGAAAAAGUCCCCACCUGUUGUCACUAUCAAGUGUGUGCCAGCCAAAGACCAGAAGGAAAUCCAAGAAGAGGACAACAGAAUUUACCAAAUAAUAAGGCACCAAACCAAACCAAUACAAGGAAACUAUAUUCCAGACAGCUAUGGAAUCAUCAACCCUGCCCUGGAGCCAGUGUGGGCUUUGGCUGUUGUUGGCAGCAGUUACAUCAUGUGGGAGAAGUCAACAGAGAACGUGGGGUACUUCAUGGCACAAGUCAAGUCUGUGCAGCAGUGGAUGAGAAAAGACGAUUUUGUUGAGUUUGACUACACUGUCCUACUCCACGAACUCCCAACACAGGAAAUUAUCUCAUGUCACAUGCGCCUCACUUGGCGCCCCAGUCACCCUCUGAAAGUGAAAUACUUCUGUGCUCCAGAGAGUGAGGAGCUCGACGAUGGAUCUGGAAUGGGAUCCGGAUCAGCUGCUGGGAUUUCACAGGAGAGGGGAGCAAAUUUCUAAGAGAGAUUGUCAGCUCCACGCGUAGGUAUUAAAGGAGACAAUCCUUGUGUUAAUUGACCCAGAGUUGUGAUCAUUUGUCUGUGCAAGUUCAGAGCAGUGAGUCUGGAUGCUUUCUCUAGUCUGUUGUGUUCCAAAAUUAAUUCCUCUGAUCUCUUCAACUGCAAGACUCACGUUCUAGGGCUCUCCCUGCAUACUGCUAUGAUCUAUAUACACAGGUGAGCUCACACGAGUGGAUCUGAUGUCACUCACUGUCACUCGCAGCAACACAGUCUGUAAACAAACUGAAUAUAUUUGGAUAAAAAUCUCAAAGAGCAAUGAUCUGCCGCUACGAAACAUCUCUCUCCUAAAUUUUUUUAACUCUUUUUUUUUGGGAUAGCUGAGUGCUGAUUUUUACCUUGUGCCUCCAAUAGAACAAACCCCAUGAGGCAGGGGGGAGGAUGGCUUUGCUUUCCAGGCUGCUGCUGCUGCUGGAUCCCAACUUUCCGUCCUCUCCCGGCGCCUGGACUUCGCAGGGAUGUGGAUGAGCAGCGAAGGGCCCUGCAGAAGCCAGUGCUCAGGGUCUGCUUGUCCUGCUGCCCCUGCAGCAUCAGCUUGCAGCAAAGGAAGUUUCUUCUCUUUGUGAAGCAACUUGGAAAAUAUUGAUUUAAGGAAACCUGAGUUUUGUUGUCUCCCCACACCUGGGCACUGCAGGGCAGUCUUUGCCAGAAGGAAAUGGAGGAUGUUGUCCCAGUCUGGUUGCAGUAGGACACAGUUCUUGGUGUUUUCCCCUGGAUGAAAACAGCCCUGUGGGUGGGAGGGCUCUGGACACCUGAGUUCCCACACGUGGGUGUGGGGGAACAGCCAGAGCACCCGUCAGGCAGCUCCAGUCUGUGGCAGCCCUGGUGUCCCUCCUCAACACAGCAAGAACAAGAACACACUGUCCUUGCACACCAAACUUUGCAGCAGCCCCUUCCCCUCACCCUUUCUUCUCUGAGAUUGGGCCAAGCUGUCUUGAAUUUGUCUUUUUGUUCUCCCCCCUAAUUAGCAAGAUUCCUGGCAGGUGAAGUGACCUCCCUAUCACUAAGCUCACCUCCCCUAGGAAACCAGGCACUGGCUCUGCUUCCUGACACGGGUCUGUUCUUUGUAAUUCCUGGGAUAUGGCACUAUCAGUGACCUGCAAUGCAUAACAAUGAUUAAGAUAUUCCACAUGAAAGCUGUAACUGGGGGGUACUUAUGCUGGGUGAUCUGUUAAACUCCAAAUCCAAGCAUUUUACACAAAUGUAUGAGUCUGAUCUACUCUGACUGAAGCUUUUUCUAUCAGCACAUAAUGGACAUGACAAUAAAUUCCAUGAAGCAGCA